UUGAAUAAUGCUUUUCUACCUUCCUUCCCUCCCAUUAAAUAAGUCGCCAUUCUCUGCCACUUUCUUCUCUCUUUUGCAAGAAUCCCUCUUUUUAUUCUUUGUAACUCACACAACCCGGCACUCUAGUUAUACGUUUUUCUUUUCCUCUCUCUCUCUCUCAUUCUCUCUCUUCUUUCUUGCAUUGAAGCCUACGUCAAUUGAAGAGAUCUCUAAUCAGCACUUGCCGCUGACCAUUCGGAUACCGAUUGCUGGUUUCAAGAUCCGAGGAAAUUUCACAGAUCUCUUCUGUUUCUGCUCACUUCUCUACUUGGGUUUUCUUCUUCUUUGAAUUUGCUAUGAGUUGGAGAUAUAAGGCCGGUCUGUUCUUGAUAUCUGCUGUUGUUAUUAUAUGGGUUACCUCUGCAGAAGUUACCCAGGGUAUUUUUACAGACUACAAGCAGCCGUUUGCUGUGACAUAUCUUGGAGCUUCACUGAUGGUAGUUUACCUUCCAAUUGCAUUUCUUAAAGAUUGGAUUUGUAAGAUGAUAAAGCGUCGUUCUUCUAGAAGUGGUAAAGGUGAAGGAAGCUUAAAUGAGUCUUCUGAUGGAUUAAACUCUCCUCUAAGUCGGAAAAUUUUUGAAAUGGAACUUCAGGGAACUUUAAGUAAAAAAGGCAGUGAAGCGGACCUUUCAUCUCAAGCAGAGGCAAAGCCUUUGGUUCCUAGACACAAAGAUGAUUUAGAUGUUUUGAAACAUGACAAAGAGCUCACAGCCAGAGAAAUUGCCACUUAUGGUUUUUAUAUUGCCCCAAUCUGGUUUGUAACAGAGUAUUUAUCAAAUGCUGCUCUAGCACGUACGAGUGUGGCAAGUACAACAGUUUUGUCAUCAACAUCAGGACUUUUUACUCUUUUCAUUGGUGUGUUUCUGGGCCAAGAUACUUUAAAUGCUGCUAAAGUAGUAGCUGUGUUUGUGAGCAUGGCUGGUGUUGCCAUGACUACUUUAGGAAAAACUUGGGCUGCAGAUGAUUCUCAACUAAGUGCUUCCAUCAAUGGGAAACGCUCUCUUGUUGGGGAUCUUUUUGGCCUUCUAUCAGCCAUGUCAUAUGGUCUAUUUACCGUGCUUCUUAAAAAGUUUGCUGGCGAAGAAGGAGAGAGGGUUGAUGUGCAAAAGUUGUUUGGAUAUAUAGGACUGUUCACACUUGUAGCUUUGUGGUGGCUUGUUUGGCCAUUGACUGCCUUGGGAAUAGAACCCAAGUUCACAAUUCCUCACUCUGCUAAAGUGGAUGAGGUUGUUAUUGCAAAUGGCUUUAUUGGAAGUGUGCUCUCGGACUACUUUUGGGCAUUGUGUGUUGUAUGGACAACUCCGUUGGUAGCCACCUUGGGAAUGUCACUCACCAUCCCUCUUGCUAUGGUGGCUGAUAUGAUGAUUCAUGGUCGUCAUUAUUCAGCUAUUUACAUUCUUGGCUCUGCUCAGGUGAUGUAUUUGCAGGAUUUGUAAUAGCUAAUCUUUCAGAUUGGUUCUCAAAAAAGUUGGGAUUAUAGCAUUUGGAGAAAUCACGGCCGUAAAUCUCGAUUCUUUCUUGGGGCAUAUCUCCACCAUUAUGACUUCAUGCCAAACUGAUAUGAUCAGCCAAUCCUCGAAAUGGGUUGCCUUCAUGGAGAAGUGAUAAGUUUGAUGACGAUGAUGAACUGUAAUUGAAUGCUUAAAUAGAAGCUAGAAGUUUGUAUCAUGGGUAUAGUUGGGUGGGUCAGGUUUGUGUGUGGAGCCCCAAUUUCAAUAAAUACUUUUGGUGAAAGAAAAUGAAAUUUGUUCUCUAUGUAUUCCUGGAUUUUGUAAAUAUGUUCUUAACUUGAUAAAUGAAGAGUUGUUUUUAAUCCA